AUAAACAUCACUGCUCGAUUUCUCACGCCUGAAAUUAUAAAGCAUCUGAACUGCCCUGUGGCGUCUCUCGGUGCUAUAUCAAUUUUAAAUAUAUUUUAAUCGAAAUCUAUAACUCACAAUGGCAACCUCCUCGACGCCGAAGGUGCCUGUUUACUCUGUUAACGAUCUGAAAUCAACCACAGAUGAUGCCCUUGUCCCGUACUUGUGUACCCUUCCUCAACCGUAUACCUUCAAACAAGACCACUCUAAAUCCAAUGUCCGAUUCCUUCUUGGCUACAGCGCUGUCGCCAUCGCUGCAUUCACUUUCUACGCUGAUCGCAAACUUGGAUGGGAAGCAACUACCUCCCCGUGGGUUAUAGCAGCAGUGUGUUCAUACUUUAUCCUGAACACCGGCCUCACAUACUGGAUAUGGGCUGUUGAAGCUGGUGAGGUUUUUCGGGGCAAGCGAAAGUCGGGUGAAACGAUUUCAAUUCGGUCUUCUCUCCGCGUACAGUACACAUCGCCCUCCAACAAGAUUCUCCAAGAAAAGGAGAUCGAAGCCCCAUUUAUGAACUGGUUUUCCGCGGACGGAACUUUCCACCCUGAACCACUGCGACGCUGGCUUUCCACCGAGAUUGAGGUGCUACGACUUGCGGCUAAGGAAACAGAGAGGAAAACUGGCGGAGUUGGAAGUGUUGUAGGAGUGCAGGAUACCAAUAACAAGAAGUAAAUGACAUGGCUUUCUUUCUUGAGAAUGUGACUCGGACUCAAUGAAUUUGAACUGUUACUAGCUGGGAUCGCCGACAAGAUCAAAUGCCAUCUGGCUGGAACUGAAUAACUGCGUUGCGCAUGAAAGAUCCUAUGACGUCUAUUUGGACACUAUCCCAGUCCAUACUCUUGAGUACUUUCUCUGCAGCAAAUCCCUCGGACAAGGAGACACUUUGUGAGAGCAGGUCACUUCAAUAUGUUUCAGAGGCUUGACAUGAAGACCUUUUCAUAGAACAGGCUCAUAUCACGGGUCAUAUACACGAGAAAACAACCAUUGUUGAGUCUCUUUUGAGGAACAGAAUUGAAACAGAACACAAGAAAGGAAAUCUAUGAUUGUUAUGUGGCUUUGUUAGUUG